CUCAAUAUCUGAGUUCAGGAAAAAACAUGGAUUUGGAUAGUGAGGAUUCUUGGGCUACUUGUUCUGGCUGGCAGUGAAAUGAGAAAGAUCAGUUGGUCACUUCAGUUCUCCUCUCUGGGACCAACACUUUGUCCGCUUCCUCCAGGGUUCCAGCCUUGCCCUCCAAGAGUCCCUUCCCUGUCCAUUUCCCUCUUGGCCAUAUUUGCAGUCAAAUGCUCUUCCACUGAGCUAUACCCCCUCUCUUGGCCAUAUUUGAAGUAGGUGUUGGGAGGUGUGCUCUCCUUUGGGACUGUAGAGCUGCCCAGGUUUUCUGCUAGUUCACGUUGCAGGGCCAAGAUCAAGAACUGUUUCUCCAACACCAGCUGUGUAUCAGCUCUGGGGCUACGUAGAGGAGAACAGAGACCCACCUUGUCAUUGCCCUUUUGGAGCUACAGUCUCCUAUGGGAGACAGACAUUUAUCAAACAACGACACAAAUAGAACCUAAUAUUGGGUCUGCAUAGUGCUAUGAAACUACUACUUGACAGUUUGAAUGCUGAUUAUAGAGGAUUUAAUUUAGGAAAAUCGGGGAAGAUUUUUCUGAUUUGACAGUUGAGAUCUGAAAGGGAUGGGGAGUCAGAGAAGAGCCUUUGUAAAGGUCUGAGGGAUAGACAUAGUAUAGAGAAUGGUGUGAAGUCUGUAGAGAAGUAGGAAGGUGCUAAACCCUGCAGGGCCUUAGAGUUUUGUCAUUAACCUAAGAGCAGCAGAAAGUUGAAGUGUUUAAGCCUGGUGGUGAUGUGACUAGCUUGAUGUUUCCAAAGGUUAGUUAAGCUGUAAUAGGAAGAAUGGAGUGAAAGGGCAAAAUGAAUAGGAGUAAUGGAAUAAUCCAAUAAAUGUUAGGAAGUAGUUGUGGAAAUAGAAAUGGCAGGCUCAAGGAAUAAUCUGGAAGUAAAUGGACAGGGUAAGUAGGAUAGGGGAAUGAAGUAUUAAGGGUGACUUGCAGGUUUCUGACCUACACGUGUAGCUGGAUUGGUGUCAUUUACUGAAUGGGGAAAAUUUAGAAGAUUGGUUUUAUACAUGUUAAGUUAUAGAUGCCUUUGAAAAAUUUUAGAGCUGUAGAAUGAGAAGUCGGGAUUUAGGACUCAGAUUUGAUGCUUGUGUAGAAAUAAAAAAUUAGUGACUCAUCUAUAAAUUAGAGUCAUGUGCAUAACUGAGUGAAGAGGGCCUCGGAUGAAAUCUUGGAUACUUAUUAACCAGGUUAGAGGAAGAUAAAUUCUCAGAAAUUUAGGAGGCAUGUCCGGGAAGGGAGGAAAACCAGCUGAGUACUGUGUUUCAGAAGUCAACAAAAAUACUUUUCCAGCAAAAGGAACUGAUCAAAAGUGUCAGAUGUUUCUGAGAGGGCAAGUGAGAUGAGGAAAAGAUGCUAGAACCACAGGAGAAUGGCUUGAUUGACAUACCAGAUUAUGAGCAUAUUGAAGAUGAAACUUUUCCUCCGUUCCCACCUCCAGCCUCUCCAGAGAGAGAAGAUGGUGAAGGCGCUGAACCUGAAGAAGAGUCAGGGAGAGGAGCGUCUGUUCCUGUACCUCCGAAGAGAACCGUUAAAAGGAAUAUACCCAAGCUGAAUGCUGAGAGAUUAAUUUCAGAGAGAGGGCUCCCAGCAUUAAGGCAUAUGUUUGAGAAGGCAAAAUUCAAAGGUAAAGGUCAUGAGGCUGAGGACUUGAAGACCCUAAUCAGACACAUGGAGCACUGGGCACAUAGACUCUUUCCUAAACUGAAAUUUGAAGAUUUUAUUGACAGAGUUGAAUAUCUGGGAAAUAAAAAGGAAGUUCAGACCUGUUUAAAACGAAUUCGACUUGAUCUCCCUAUUUUACAUGAAGAUUUUGUUAGCAAUAAUGAUGAAGUAGAGGAAAAUAAUGGCCAUGAUGUAACUGCUACUGAAUUAGAUCCCUUUCUGACAAACUCACAUGAAAGUGUAGAGUUUGCUUCUGAGUCAAGUAGAAGCCUAACAGAAGAAGAACAACAAAGAAUUGAGAGAAAUAGACAACUGGCCUUGGAAAGAAGACAGGCAAAGCUACUGAGUAACAGUCAGUCCCUAGGAAACGACUUGUUGGUGAACACGCCCAGCACACAGCCACCUGAAGAGGGUAGUACAGGUGAGGAGCAAAAGGAGGAAGAAUCAAAUGGAUUUAACAAAGACCUUCUAGAUAGUCCACGUAAUGAUGGUGCUGCCAGUACUGUAAAUGAAGAGGAGGAAUUAAAAGUCGAGAAAACGCAACUGGACCAAUCCUUUUAAAAUUUACAGUAGUUACUUAGGCUUCAUCUAGAAAUAUUCCUGAAGUUGGAUAGGCCUCAAAUGAGAAAAUCUGUUAAGCUGCUAUCUUCCAAAUUUGAGAUGACUGUGCCAGUGCAUUUUGUCUGCUUUGAAUAAAAAUCUUUAUGUAGUAGAAACUUU